AUGGCACUAUGGAACGGUCUCAGCCAGGCUGCCACCGUCGCACAGCUGGCUGGAGUCGACGCUGGUGGCCUCAUCACCAUGAUUGUCCAGGCAGUGCAAACUGUUCGCCGGAACAGGGAGGAGUGCCAACACCUUAUGCACCAUGUCAUGAUGAUCGGAGAUCUCCUACAAAUGCUUCAGCAGUCAGAGACGAUGCAGCGCCCAGAGAUCCGGAGACCGCUGGACGGAUUGGAAGACACACUCCGGCAGGCGUACACGCUAGUCGUGUCCUGCCAGCAGAGCAACACCAUGUAUCGCUUCCUCAUGGCAGGAACUCAAGCUCAGAAGUUCCGUGACAUCCGAGAUAGAAUUGAUUCAUAUCUCGGCUCUACCUUUGGACUUUCUCUUGUUGAAGCUGGUGAGUCCUUGACUCAAGGACCACUUCCUUGUACUGCUGUACAUGCCCACCGUAGGCUUCAGAAGAGGCGCCGGAGUCAUCUGGGAGCCAUGUCAACCCUGACUCCCGGAGGGCUUACGGCUUUCAAGUUCUCCGAGCUGGCUAGAUCUACAAAUAAUUUCUCAUCUAACAAUAUAAUUGGAAGUGGUGGUUUUGGUAAUGUUUACAAGGCUUGGGAUUUAUGGUCUUCCGGAAGAGCAAUGGAACUGAUAGAUUUAUGGUCUUCACUGCACGAUGAGCCCCAAAUGAACUCUAUACUUCGAUGCAUUCAGAUAGCACUGCUGUGUGUUCAACGGAACUGGGCAGACAGGCCCACCAUGGCAGAUGUUCUGUUUAUGCUGAAAUGUGAGACUAUGACCUUACCUGUCCCUGGGCCUCCUGCAGCACAUACAUCAGGGCCAGUAUUAUCGGGUGGAUCAGCAAAUACCAGUGGAACAGCAAGCAGUACAACCUAUGCAAGUGCAGAGUCUGACGACUGA